UCCCGCGCUGAGCGGGCUGGCUGACACGGCCACUGCACCCCCCACGUCCGGCGGCGCUGGCAACGCCUCCCCAUCGUCCGGCGCGAAUCGGCCUCCCCUAGACCUGGAUCCAUGGCCUCCGCCUCGCCGCCGGCCUCCGUCGCCGUUGCCGUCCGACCCGGCGGUAGCGCUAGCCGCCGCGCCGCGCGGUGGGCAGCGGCCAGCCUCCUAGGCGACGGCGGCGCAGGCCACGCCGUCGCCAUCGCCUUCGUCCACGUCAUCCCCACGCUCACAUUCGUCCCCUCCCCGGCCGGGGAGCGGGUGCCGGUGGCGCGGGCGGGGCACGGGGUGGUGGAGGCGUACUCCCGAGACCGGCACGCGCGCGUGCAGGAGGCGCUGCUCCCCUUCCGCCGCCUCGCCAAAGCGAAUGUGGAGACGGUGGUGGUGGAAGGCGACUGCGUGGCGGAGACGCUGGUGCGGUACGCGGCGGAGUCCGGCGUACGGAGCCUGGUGCUAGGCUCGGGCUCCUUCCGGUGGUUCCACAGGGUGAUGAGUAGUCCUGAUGUACCCACCGCUGUCCUGAAAACUACGCAAAAUGCGUGCAAUGUAUUUGUUGUAUGCAAGCGAAGAUUAAUCGUGAAAGUUGCAGGACAUCCUCAAGCAGGCAUGUCUGGCACAAACUUAAGCAUUCAUUCAAUUACUCACAAAGCGUUUGCAGAAACGCAGAUGAGCUUGUUGUCUGACAGUUCUACAGAGGCUGAGACGCUCUCAGUAUCAUCAGGCUCACAGGCCCGUUGCUCGUAUAGUGCUAGUUCGGAUGCUAGUGCAGGUUCAGAAAGCAGUGUAUUAGUCCACAUAGUAAGUGGAGAUGCAUUGCAAGCAGGAACAGAUGUAAAUCAAAGAUAUGAUUCUCAUAGCCUUUUGAAGAAAGUUCCUUAUGGUGCCUCGAACUCAAGUGAUGAGUGUCAAUCUGUAGAUGAAGUAGAAAAGCUGAGGAAGGAAUUGAAGGAAACCUUGGUGAUGUAUGAUAAAGCCUGCGAUGAUCUCGUCCAUGCUAAGAAAAAGAUUCAGGUACUUUCGAACGAAUGUUCUGAAGAAGCAAGGAAGGUGGAGAAUGCGUUACGCAAGGAGAAAAUUCUGAAGCAACUAGCAGCGGAUGAGAAAGCAAAACAUUUGGAAGCCAUUAAUGAAGUUGAGCAAGCAAAAAGAUCAUUCACCAGGGAGGCCUACUCUAAGCAUAAGGCUGAAAUGGUAGGUUGCAUAAUUUCUCUCGAUAAGGAGAAAAUUGUAGAUGCUAUUCUGUCAACAAGCAAAAAUUGCAGGCGGUACUCGAAACAUGAAAUAGAACUUGCCACUGAUAACUUCUCUGAAGCAAGGAAGAUCGGUGAAGGAGGUUAUGGGAAUGUGUAUAGGUGCACCCUUGAUCACAUUGAAGUAGCUGUCAAGAUCAUUCAGCAGGAUUCCACCGACAAAACUGACGAGUUCUUGAAGGAGGUUGAGAUUCUUAGCCAACUUCACCAUCCCAACUUGGUUUUAUUAAUUGGUUUCUGUCCUGAAAUCGGCUGUCUUGUAUAUGAAUACUUGGAGAAUGGGAGCCUAGAAGAUCAACUUCUUAACAACAAAAAACAUCAGCCACUGCAUUGGUUCCUCCGGUUUCGUAUCAUCUUUCAAGUGUCCUGUGGGCUUGCUUUUUUACAUGGAAGGAAGCCAGAGCCUAUAGUCCACCGUGACCUGAAACCUGCAAACAUCCUGUUGGACAAGAACUAUGUGGGUAAAAUUGGCGAUGCUGGUUUCGCGAAGGUCAUAUCUGAUCUGAUCCCUGAUUGGCAAACAGAAUACACAGAUACCAUUGUUGCUGGCACCAUGUACUACAUGGAUCCUGAGUACCAGCAAACCGGGACUGUUCGGCCGAAAUCGGAUCUGUUCGGUCUAGGAGUCAUCAUUCUUCAGAUGCUAACUGGCAAGCACCCAAACGGCCUCAUCGUAAGCGUAGAAAACGCUAUCAAAAGCAGGUCACUUCCAUAUAUCCUCGACAGAACUCAAACCGACUGGCCAGUCGCCGAGGCGGAAAUGUUGGCGAAGCUCGGUUUGCGGUGCACUGCUCUAAAAUGCAGGGAUAGGCCUGAUCUUGAGUCGGAGGUGCUGCCGGAGCUGGAGGAAAUCCUGCACAGGGUUUCCUCCAUUGUCAACAUGAGAAACCUAAACUCACGAGCACCAAGCCACUUCAUCUGCCCCAUAGCACAGGGGUUGAUGGAUGAUCCGUAUGUCGCUGCUGAUGGACACACCUAUGAGCAUCAUGCCAUCAAAGAUUGGCUCAGGAAACACAGGGUGUCGCCAAUCACAAGGUGCAAGCUUCCGAAUUUAUCCAUAAUCCCAAACCAUUCGCUGCACGCAGCGAUACAGCAGUGGAAGAAGUCACAGACAGCUCAGACGCAGACUUGGAAAUGAGGUUGCGGCUGUGUCCAUGUAUGAUGUAAUUGCUUUAUUUGUUUAUUCGUUAUAUUCUACAACCCAUAAGUGAUAUAGGGCUUGCAUGGCCCUUCAACCUCCAAAGUAUAGAAAUUAAAUCAUGCAGAGUAGUUUUUUUGUAGGCUAAUGUUUUUUUUUGGUCCUGUCACUGAACAUCUGGAUAGCAGUUGGCUGUUCGGCAUCCAACAUGCUGACAGAUUCAGUAUUUUUCUACAAGAAGACAGGCCCUCCCAUUAUUGAUAUAAACAAAUUAAUUCAUGAGAUAAGUUCAUCUCAGAUUUUGCCUGUAUCUCACACAAGUGUGUCAGCAUUCGGUAUCUAUCAUAUAUCCAGAUCAAGCUCGAAAGCGAAUAUUAUCAGAUUGGACAGCAAAUAUAUAUUUAAGAUUGAAGCUGCGUGGUAGGGCCGAUCGACAGAAACAUAUGCUUGUUAAUUACCUAUAUCUAUAUACUCCCUCUGUAAACUAAUAUAAAACCGUUUAGAUCACUAUUUUUAUAUUGGUUUACGGAGGGGGUAUAUCACUGAGUUCCACAGUAACGCUGAGCUAAGCUCCAAGCUAGCGUGUUUCACGCUGGGAUAUUCUAUUCUUCUCACCGAACCAGCCAGCCACUUGCCCACUUUAUCGAUGAUUCUUGUCGUCAAUGAUAAAUAACUCUGUCCGCUGUGCAUCGGUUACCUCAAAUUAAGCAUUCUUUUGAGGAAGAAAGUAAGGUUUCUCAAAUUAAUCAUAUCAAAAGCCUAAGUGAGAUGAUGAGGUCUAAAGUUGUUUAUCAACCUCAUACAGUCUAAAAAAGGUGAUCAACAAAAUGGGCUUAUACCAAACCCAAAACCUAAAAAACAGCGACCUUCCAAAUGAGAUCAUGAGUUUGUAAACUUCUUCAUCAGCCUCAUACGAAUUCAAAAUGUCCGUGUGUCUUCCCAAAGAAAUCACACCACCUCAAAUCAUCUUGAGCAAUUUGAAGAAUGAGGCGAAGCUUUUCAGUAACUUGAUGCCGGGAGAGUACGGCAUAUGUAUUUCUUUAUUUUUUGAGUUUUUGGCUAUCCCUUGUGAUUAACUGUCUUCUCUCUUAAAAUGAAUGAGGCCCAUUGCUUGAAAGUCUUUUGCCUCCUAUUUCAAAA